GAGUGGGUGUCUCUGUUCUAAGUUGCUCUUCAGGGCACAAUUAAAACCUCUAUAAAAGGCCCAGCUCCCAGCUGUUCAGUACACCUGCCAGCAGUGUCAGCGAGCACUUGACCUCUUCCUCUGGUGAAGUGGGUUUACUUGAACUUGAAGGAAGAAAAAAAUGUCUCCACUUCUGAGAAGCAUCUUUAAUAUCACUAAAAUUUUCAAUCAAUAUGCCUCACAUGAUUGUGAUGGGACAACACUAAGCAAGAAAGACCUGAAGAAUCUGCUUGAGAGGGAAUUUGGAGAUAUCCUUCGGAGACCACACGACCCAGAAACGGUAGACCUGGUCCUGGAACUUCAGGAUCGCGACCGUGACGGGCUAAUCGAUUUCCAUGAAUUCCUCGCGAUCGUUUUCAAAGUGGCUGCAGCUUGUUAUUACGCUCUCGGCCAGGCCUCGGGGCUAAAUGAGAAGGAAGCCAAGCGUGAGGGAAAAGGAAACCCGUUACAAGAUCGCAGGAGGGAAGACCAAAGGAGAUUCGAGCCCCAGGACAGACAACUAGAAGAACGCAGGCUGAAGAGGCAGGAACUGGAGGAGCUCGCUGAGGAAGAGGAGCUGAGGGAGAAGCAACAAAGACUUGAGCAGAGGCUGCAAAGGCGAGAACAAGAAGAGUGUGGUGAGGAAGAGCUGCAGCAAAGGCCCAAGGGUCGGGAGCCGGAGGAGCUUCUGAACCGAGAGCAAAGGCUCGAGAGGCAGGAGCAACGGGAGCGACAGCGCCUCCAGGUGGAACAGCAACAGCGGCAAAGAGGAGAGCUGCGCGAGCGCCAGGAAGAAGAGCAGCUCCAAAGGCGGGAGACUCAGGAGCUCAAGAGGGAGCGUCUGGAGGAAGAGCUGCAGCUGCAAAGGCAGAGGCGCGGGCGCGAGGAGAGGCUCUUGGAGCAGGAGAGGCGGGAGCAGGAGCUGCGGCGCAAGGAGCAGCAGCUAAGGCGCGAGCAGGAGGAGGCGACGCAGGAAGAUGAGCGGGGCGAGAGCCGCACCUCGAGGUGUCAGUGGCAGCUAGAAAGUGAGGCCGACGCCCGUCAGUGCAAAGUCUACUCCAGGCCCCGCAGGCAAGAGCAGCAGAGGCGCCGCCAGGAGCAGGAGCUGCUCGAGAGGCAGCAGGAGCAGCAAACCCGCGAGGAGGUGCAGAGCCUUCAAGAAGACGAGGAGAGGCAACGACGCAAGGAAGAGCAGCACUACGACCAAAACUGGAGGUGGCAACUAGAGGAGGAAAGCCAGAGACGCCGCUACACACUGUACGCCAAGCCAGCUCAACGGGAGCAGGUGAGCGAGGAAGGGCAGCUGCGGCUUGAAGAGGAGCAGCUGCAGCGGGAGAAGAGGCGCCAGGAGCGAGAAAGGCAGUAUCGGGAAGUGGAGCUGCAGCGGGAGGAAGAGCGACAACAGCGGGAGGAGGAGCAGCUGCAGAGACAGGAACGCGAGAAGAGGCGCCAGGAGAGCGAGAAGCAAUAUCUAGAGAAAGUGGAGCUGCAGAGAGAGGAGCAGCUUGAGAGAGAGGAACGGGAGAAGAGGCGCCAGGAGAGCGAGAAGCAAUAUCUAGAGAAAGUGGAGCUGCAGAGAGAGGAGCAGUUUCAGAGAGAGGAACGCGAGAAGAGGCGCCAGGAGCGCGAGAAGCAAUAUCUAGAGAAAGUGGAGCUGCAGAGAGAGGAGCAGCUUCAGAGAGAGGAACGGGAGAAGAGGCGCCAGGAGCGCGAGAAGCAAUAUCUAGAGAAAGUGGAGCUGCAGAGAGAGGAGCAGUUUCAGAGAGAGGAACGCGAGAAGAGGCGCCAGGAGCGCGAGAAGCAAUAUCUAGAGAAAGUGGAGCUGCGGGAGGAGGAGCAGCUGCAGAGAGAGGAGCCGCUGCAGAGGGAGGAACGCGAGAAGAGGCGCCAGGAGCGCGAGAGGCAAUAUCUAGAAAAAGUGGAGCUGCAGGAAGAGGAGCAGUUGAAGAGAGAGGAACGCGAGAAAAGGCGCCAGGAGCGUGAGAGGCAGUAUCUCGAGAAGGAGGAGCUGCAGCGGCAGGAAGAGCGACUGCAGAGAGAGGAACGCGAGAAGAGGCUUCAGGGGCGCGAGCGACAGUAUCUAGAGAAGGUGGAGCUGCAGAGGGAAGAGGAGCAGCUGCAGAGAGAGAAGAGGCGCCAAGAGCGGGAAAGACAAUAUCGGGAAGAGGAGCUGCUGCGGGAGGAGGAGCGACUGCAGAGAGAGGAGCAGCAGCUGCAGAGAGAGGAAUGUGAGAAGAGGCGCCAGGAGCUCGAGAGACAGCUAGAGAAGGAGGAGCUGCAGCGCCUGGACAGGAAGAGGCAUUUGCUGGAUGAGGAUCUGCUCCAAAAUGAAGGUCGUGAUAACAGGGUUUACUUCAAACACCGAGAGAACAAAGAAAAGAGCCGGCAACUGGAUGAUUCCUGGGUGCGGGAGAGUCAAUUCCAGCAGGAUCGGCGGCCCCUGCAGGACGAACAAGAAGAGAAAAGAGAACGCGAGCAAGAGAGGAGCCGGCAAAAGCGUGAGAGGCAAUUCCCAGCUGAACAACUGCUGGAGCGAAAGCAGCAAAAGGAAACCGAAAGGCGAGAUACGAAAUUCCGAGAGGAAGAGCAGCUGCUGAAAGGGGAACGAGAGGAGAAAAUACGCUAUCCGGAAGAAGACAGAAAGUUCCGCGAAGAGGAACAGCAGCUGCGCCGCCUGGAACAAGAUAGAAAAUUCCGCGAAGAACAACAACUGAGCCGCCAGGAAAGAGACAGAAAAUUCCGUGAGGAAGAGCAGCUCCUGCAAGAAAGGGAAGAACAGCUGCGCCGCCAGGAACGCGACAGAAAGUUCCGCGAAGAGGAACAGCAGCUGCGCCGCCUGGAACGCGAGCAACAGCUACGCCAGGAACGAAAUAGAAAAUUCCGCGAAGAACAGCUCCUGCGAGAAAGGGAAGAACAGCUGCUCCUCCAGGAGCGGGAGCCGCAGCUUCGCCAGGAGCGCGACAGAAAGUUCCACGAGGAGGAACAGCUCCUGCAGGAAAGGGAAGAACAGCUGCGCCGCCAGGAACGCGACAGAAAGUUCCGUGAGGAGGAACAGCUCCUGCAGCAAAGAGAAGAACUGCAGCGCCGCCAGGACCGCGAGCCACAGCUUCGCCAGGAACGCGACAGAAAGUUCCGUGAGGAGGAACAGCUUCUGAAAGAAAGGGAAGAACAGCUGCGCCGCCAGGAGCGCGACAGAAAGUUCCGUGAGGAGGAACAGCUUCUGAAAGAAAGGGAAGAACAGCUGCGCCGCCAGGAGCGCGACAGAAAGUUCCGUGAGGAGGAACAGCUCCUGCAGGAAAGGGAAGAACAGCUGCGCCGCCAGGAGCGCGACAGAAAGUUCCGUGAGGAGGAACAGCUCCUGCAGGAAAGGGAAGAACAGCUGCGCCGCCAGGAACGCGACAGAAAGUUCCGUGAGGAGGAACAGCUUCUGAAAGAAAGGGAAGAACAGCUGCGCCUCCAGGAACGCGACACAAAGUUCCGUGAGGAGGAACAGCUCCUGCAGGAAAGGGAAGAACAGCUGCGCCGCCAGGAGCGCGACAGAAAGUUCCGUGAGGAGGAACAGCUCCUGAGAGGAAGGGAAGAACAGCUGCGCCGCCAGGAACGCGACAGAAAGUUCCGUGAGGAGGAACAGCUCCUGAGAGAAAGGGAAGAACAGCUGCGCCGCCAGGAACGCGACAGAAAGUUCCGUGAGGAGGAACAGCUCCUGCGGCAAAGAGAAGAACUGCGCCGCCAGGAGCGCGAGCCACAACUUCGCCAGGAACGCGGCAGAAAGUUCCGUGAGGAGGAACAGCUUCUGAAAGAAAGGGAAGAACAGCUGCGCCGCCAGGAGCGCGACAGGAAGUUCCGUGAGGAAGAAGACCUCCUGCGAGAAAGGGAGGAACAGCUGCGCCGCCAGGAGCGCGAGCCACAACUUCGCCAGGAACGCGACAGAAAGUUCCGUGAGGAGGAACAGCUUCUGAAAGAAAGGGAGGAACAGCUGCGCCGCCAGGAGCGCGACAGAAAGUUCCGAGAAGAGGAACAGCUCCUCCGAGAAAGGGAAGAACAGCAGCUGCGCCGUCAGGAACUCGAGGGGGUCUUCUCCCAGGAGGAACAACUGAGGCGCGCCGAGCAAGAGGAAGAACAGAGACGUCAGAGGCAGAGAGACAGGAAGUUCCUUGAGGAAGAGCAGAGCCUCCAGCGCCAGCGAGAGGAAGAAAAGCGCCGCGUCCAGGAGCAGGACAGGAAGUUCCUCGAGCAAGAAGAGCAGCUGCACCGCGAGGAGCAGGAAGAGCUGAGGCGCCGCCAGCAGCUAGACCAGCAGUACCGGGCAGAGGAGCAGUUUGCUAAGGAGGAGAAGAGGCGUCGUCAGGAACAAGAAUUGAGGCAAGAAGAACAGAGACGCCGCCAGGAGCGGGAGAGGAAAUUCCGGGAAGAAGAACAGCUCCGCCGCCAGCAGCAGGAGGAGCAGAGGCGUCGCCAAGAGCGCGACGUGCAGCAGAGCCGCCGCCAAGUGUGGGAGGAAGACAAGGGCCGCCGGCAGGUCCUGGAAGCUGGCAAGCGGCAGUUUGCCAGUGCCCCGGUGCGCUCCAGCCCGCUCUACGAGUACAUCCAAGAGCAGAGAUCUCAGUACCGCCCUUAAGAGAUGCUGCCAAAUCCCGACACCUGCUGAAGCUUCAAGCAAAGGAAAAUGAGAAUCACUGAGUACCAAGUGACUCUGGUUGUGGGAAAACUUUGGUGUUAGAAUACCUCUUUUUUACAAAAUCUUAAACUAUACUUUUUCGUGUGCUUUGUACUUCACUGCCUUUUAUUCUUCCUUAAAUAGUUCUUUAGGAUGUCUUUGCUCUUUGGUGCAGAUGUGGUGUGCAUUUUUUAAAAACAUAAAAGCCAUUUAAUUUGUUUAAGGAAUUUUGUUUGGGGAACACGUUCAUUCAUUGCUUUCAGAAGUAACAAAAAUAUUAUGUACAUUUGAGAUUCAAAAGAAUGGGUCAGGUUUUUAUUUGUUGACCCAUCCUGUAGAGAGCUCAGAUAUUUUUUAUGUUCAAGUUGAUAUUUCUUCCUGGCCUAAAUUAUGUUAAUAUAUAUCUCGAAAUAGCCUCCCAUUUUUUGUGGCAUAAUUAGCACAGAUUCUGCAAGGGGACUGAAUUUUUCUAAGAACCCCUGAAUAGUGCAGGAGCAGGAGGAAUGGCUUCUCUAGAAAAAGUCACUGUGAAUUCAGCCCAUACUUGGAAGAAAUGUCUAUAAGACUUGGAAUCAGAAUUAAUUUCUUUUACACUUAACUCCAUAAAUAUUUAAAAUAUGAAGCAAAAGCAAGGUGUUUCUCAAACAACUCCAGAGCUCAAACUUUAAAACCAUGUCUGCUGUAGCCUGUAGCAUUCCGUUCCUUUCCCCCAGUCUUGGAUGAGCUUGAGAAUAUUACUGCCUUUGUUAAUUUUAGCUGAGAAGGGACUUGCUCAGGAUCCUGUAAACAUCUGUCUUGCUCUAGAGCCAACAAGAGAUCACAGAGCAUUUGGGGGUGGGGAAAAGGGAAGUUUUGUGGACAGAGGGGCAAGCCCCUAGAGGCCCUUUGACAAGCCCUGUCAACCCACAAUCCUUUGAGGCCUACUGAUACUACCUUGGAGACAUGUUAAAAUAAUUGGACUGUGUGAAAAAUUAAUAAUAAAUAUUUUGGCAAUUA